AUGAUCGAUAUUGAAUAUCAAACUCGAUUAGAACGUACACGUAAGCGAGAAGCUUAUUUUAUUGAAUUUGCUGCAAAAAUUCGUAAUACUACUAGAAUUCCUCUUAUUGUCACUGGUGGAUUUCGUACUCGUGAAGGAAUGAAUGAUGCUAUUUGUUCGAAUGCAUGUGAUUUUAUUGGUAUUGCUCGACCUACUUGUCUUCAAUUUAAUCUUCCUGAAAUCCUAUUUGAUAAAAAUAUUUCAGAUAAAGAGGCACGAGCUCUUUCAUAUAAUAUUCGAGGAACAAAAAUUUUCAAUCUAUUACCUAUAACAAGUAUUGGCUCAGGUAUUAAUACAUUAUGGCAUUAUUGGCAAAUGCAUCGAGUAGCUAUUGAAAAUUAA